AUGAAAGUAAAGGAGUUUGAGACUGCAUACCAGGGAGGUUGGGAAAAGGAUGAAACAAUUGAAGUUGCUGCAAGGCUCGAGAAAAUAGAGGAAGCUGGUGUUUAUGGUGAUAUCAAGGAAAAACUAGGAACAUGGUACUUCGAGAAUAAAAGUGGUGACACUGUUUACGAAGGGCACCUGUUUCCCUUAUUUGUGAUGGAGAAACUAGAUUUAUGGUCGGAGAAAGACACCCGCGAAAGAUCUGCUAUGAGCAUGCGAUAAGAAAGAAAGCUCUGCCAAUAGGGGUUGAUGAAAGAAGCCAUGGAGUUGUUAGUUAGUCACCUCACAUCACAAAGUAGGCGGACUAAAAUGGAUCUGUUUUCAAGAAUCACCCGUAACUCAGUUGGCUAUGGAACUAUUUUACAGUUAGGAGGCAGGGCUCAAGUACUCGCUCAACCACCACCACCUACUCCAAUAGAUGAGGCCUAG